AAAACAUCAAAAGUCCCACGAACUCACCCCUUCACAUCGCCACAAUGUCAACAUCACAAGCCGCACCAAAAUCAAUCCUCAAAAAGACAUCCGGAUCAGAAACUCAACCACAACCCUCCAUCAGCAUAAAACCAAAAUCAGACUCCGAGCGCAAACGUCUAGAAACAGCAAUCCAACACGCCCACCUAAUCCAAGAACAAAAAUCAAUCCUCGCAAAAAACCUCGACUACAUUGAAGAACUCUCCGAAUACCCUUCCUCCUCAACCGGCGUCGCCACAGAUGUCGAAGUUGGCAAUUUUCUCAAUUACAUGAUUUCAUUUCAACCUUCAGAUUACGAUGCUUUGAUUGAAGAACGUCAUGUAAAUGAUAGAUGUGGAUAUACGUUAUGUCCCAAUCCGCCCAGGAAGCCUACAGUCAAAGCCCCAUGGUUGAGGAAUCGCGUCGAAAAUUGGUGUUCUGAUGGUUGUGCAAAGAAGGCUUUAUACGUCAAGGCACAAUUGGACGAGACACCUGCUUGGGAGCGCAGAGCUGGGGACAAGAACCCUUUGGUUCUCUACGACGAAAACAAGUCUGUCGCCCAAGGAGAAGCAACGCAAAUGCAACUUCCAGUGAGGGAAAAGCCAAAAUUGAGAGUCGCUGAUGAGAAAGAAUUGGCGUAUGAAAGAGGUGAGGUAAGCAGAGUGGAGGACGAAAAGAUGGACAAGGUGCUCAAGAUGGAAGUGCUCGAGAACAAAACGAUUUCUUCCGUCAUGCCGCCGACACAGACGAGUUUUGCGGAUAGUGCGUUGCACGACUUGAUUGAAGGCUAUCAACCACGGGGUGUACAAAAAGGAAACCGCAUGGUCAUCAGAUCGGAGAAUACAGACAGUGAGGCUGAAGAAGAUGCGUGAGUUAUGGCUUUUUUCAUACUUCAACUAUUUAACCAGAUACUCAUCACAUUUGCAAGCACGUCAUUGCUGUAAUCAACAACAGCGAUCAAGAAUGCUGAUUUAUGGUCGUGAAGCACGCUCUACUGAUUGCGACGUCCCAAAGAAGCAUUUUGAAGAUGGUCAAGAUGAUUCUGACCAAGUCCUGGUCGUUGACCCUCUCAC